UGCAGUCAAAUCAGUCCUCGUGAUGGCAGGUUCAUUGAAGCGUGAAAAUUUGGACAAACCAGAAGAAGUGGUGCUUAUUCGGGCACUUCGUGACAGCAAUCUGCCAAAGUUUCUCAAGGAUGAUGCGGUCCUAUUCAAGGCUAUUCUCCAAGAUUUGUUCCCGAGCGUUCAGCUGCCCGAUCAUGAUUAUGGCCGAUUCAAGGCUGAAAUUGAGCUGGCAAUUCAGCAGGCUGGCCUACAGGUGGUCGACGCCCAAACCUCCAAAGUUAUCCAGUUCUGGGAGACCCUCUUAGUGAGGCACGGCGUCAUGCUAGUCGGCCCGACUGGCGGCGGCAAGACGACUAUUUAUCGGACACUCAUGCAAGUGUUGCAGAACCUC